AUAAUAUAAAAGUUAAGAUGAACUCUAACCUUAUUAUGCACAGAAUCCUGAGAAGAUCAGGAGGUCUAUCUAAACUAGCAUUUACUGCUAGAGCUGGCCAUGACUAUCACUAUGCUCCUAAUGAGCCAAAGCCACAUGAUUAUGAGAAGCCUCCUCAUGAGGAUGAAAUCAUUAAAAUUCAUUAUCUGAAGCAUUAUCCAAUGUAUGAGUUCAAGAACUUCUCUGAUCCAGAGAUUGACUCUUACAGAUACUGGCUUAGAUACAGGUUCGAGAAUUAUGGAACAGAAACAUCUCCAGCUGAAACCCAUCCUUGGGAAAGCACCCCUAUCACAGCCAGUUUGACAUUCCUCCUCAUGCCUUUAUUUGUAAUAGUGUUUGGUUACACAAGUUUGAAGAAAACUAAUAGACUGAAGAACAAUAAGAGUGAAAUUGUCGGAAUCUUCUCACAGAAGCAAAUCUAAUUUCUAUAAUUUCAGUCCU